AUGUUCUUAAACACUCUGACGCCCAAGUUUUACGUGGCGCUCACCGGAACUUCUUCGCUCAUCUCCGGCCUCAUUCUCAUCUUCGAGUGGUGGUAUUUCCGCAAAUACGGCACUUCCUUCAUCGAACUCCACAGAGAGUUGGUGAACUCAGGCACCGAGCCGCCGCCAGGAGGGCUCUUGCCGCUAAGCGGGUGGUUAAGCAGGUUGCCUAGGUUACCUGUCGUUUAUAGAGAGCCAAACAGAGGAGAAGACAGACAGUCUCCGCUCACCUCUUCUCUUGAUCUCUAG